AUGAAGCAGAGAUUCUCGUCAUUGGAUGUCAAGGUCAUUGCGCACGAGCUCCAGGCGAGCCUCGUGACUCUGCGACUCGCAAACGUCUACGACCUGUCCUCCAAGAUUCUGCUCCUCAAGUUCGCCAAGCCAGAUAAUAAGCAGCAACUGCUGAUAGAAAAUGGAUUCCGCUGCCACUUGACCGACUUUGCCCGAACGACUGCCGCCGCUCCAUCUGCCUUUGUGGCUCGGCUUCGCAAAUAUCUCAAGACCCGACGACUGACGGCAGUAACACAAGUGGGAACCGACAGAAUCCUAGAAUUCCAGUUUAGCGAUGGCCAAUAUCGAAUGUUCUUGGAGUUCUUUGCGAGCGGAAACAUUAUUCUUACCGAUGCGGAUCUAAAAAUCCUGGCCAUUUCUCGCAAUGUUGGCGAGGGAGAGGGGCAAGAAGCGCAGCAAGUUGGACUGCAAUAUUCUCUCGAGAAUAGACAGAACUAUGGCGGUAUUCCCGCCUUGACAAAAGAAAGGAUAAGGGAUGCUCUCAAGACUGCUGCAGAGAAGGCCGAAGCAAACGAGGGGGCCAAUACUUUCUCUGGAAAGAAAGCCAAAGGUAAAUCCGGUGGCGAUUUGCGAAAGGCCUUGGCAGUCUCCAUCACAGAGCUGCCCCCUACUUUGGUCGAGAAUAUCCUACAAGCGAAUAGCUUUGACGUCACCGCUAAACUGGCUGAUGUGAUUGAUAAUGAGUCAUUGCUGGAUGCACUGGUCAGAUAUCUAUCUGAGGCUCGUGAUAUCGUCGAGAACAUCACCGCAUCUGCCACCUGCACGGGCUACAUCUUCGCCAAGAAAAAGGCGACAUCUUCUAGUGGAUUAGUCGAGGGAAAUGCAUCUCAAAAGCGCGAAGGGCUACUUUACGACGAUUUCCAUCCUUUCAUUCCGCAUAAAUUCAAGAAGGACUCGUCAUUUGAGAUACUGGAAUUCGAAGGCUAUAACAGAACAGUCGACGAAUUUUUCUCAUCCUUGGAAGGCCAAAAGUUAGAAUCUCGACUUACCGGAAGGGAAGAAGCUGCCAAGAAGAAACUUGAAGAUGCUAGGCAUGAACAGGGCAAGAGGAUCCAAGGUCUACAAGAUGCUCAGGCGAUGAAUCUCCGCAAAGCAGCUGCUAUUGAAGCAAAUGUGGAGCGCGUGCAAGAGGCCAUGGACGCAGUGAAUGGCCUUAUUGCACAGGGCAUGGACUGGAUAGACAUUGGGAAGCUUAUUGAGCGAGAGAAGAAGCGACAGAAUCCCGUUGCCGAAACCAUCAAUCUUCCUCUCAAACUGUCUGAAAACACGAUUACUCUCCUUCUCGCAGAGGAAGAGUUUGACGAGGAUGAGGACGAGGCACAAGAGGCCAAUCCAUACGAGACUGAUGAGAGCGACUCGGAAGAAGGGCUGAGUGAAGCUAAUGCAACGAAAGAUACGAAACCAGCGAAGCUUCUCACAGUUGACAUUGUCCUCAAUGUUAGCCCCUGGAGCAAUGCCAGAGAGUAUUAUGAGCAGCGAAGAUCAGCUGCUAUCAAAGAAGAGAAGACCCAGCAGCAGGCAACCAAGGCCUUGAAAAGUACGGAGCACAAGAUUGCUGAAGAUCUGAAAAAAGGUCUGAAGCAGGAAAAAGCCCUUCUUCAGCCCAUUCGGAAGCAGUUGUGGUUUGAAAAGUUUCUUUGGUUCAUCUCCUCUGAUGGGUAUUUAGUCCUUGGGGGCAAAGACCCUCAGCAGAGCGAAAUACUCUACAGGAGAUAUCUGAGGAAAGGUGACAUUUACUGCCAUGCUGAUAUACGUGGCGCGGCAAAUAUUGUGAUUAAAAACAACCCAAACACGCCAGAUGCCCCUAUUCCUCCUGCGACUCUUUCCCAAGCAGGGUCGCUGUCAGUCUGCUCUUCCGAGGCUUGGGAUUCCAAGGCGGGCAUGGGUGCUUGGUGGGUCAACACAGACCAAGUAUCCAAAUCAGCUUCGACAGGAGAAAUCAUGCCUGCUGGAAACUUCAUUAUUGAGGGAAAGAAGAAUUAUCUGCCCCCCACUCAGCUCCUGCUCGGUUUAGGAUUUGCAUUCAGAAUUAGUGAGCAGAGCAAAGGCUCGCAUUUGAAGCACCGAGUACAAGACGAAAGCUCAUCAAUAUCGGCAGGCGGUGCAACCGCUGAUGACGAUGAGCCGCAAAAUACAGAAGUGGUUGAUGAAUCAGAUAUCUCAGACGACGAGUUUUCCGAAAACCCAUCUAGCCAUGAGAAACGAGCAAAUCCUCUUCAAGGCUCUGGAAAUGAAGAUGAGGCCAUAGAUGACACGGCUGACAAGCUCUCAACAGUGGAUAUCAGGGAUCGGCCUGCAAACGCCGAGGCUGAUCCUUCAUCAGUGGAUGCCGAGCAUGCUAGCGAAGGAGACGAGGUAGCGCCUUCUGAACCUGCCACGGAAGUGUCCGAGGCGCCUAGCAGAAUCUCCUCACAUUCAACAAAAACCUCAGAGGCAACCAAGAAAGGAAGCCAAAAACGUGGACAAAAAGCAAAGGCGAAAAAGAUUGCUCAGAAAUACAAAGAUCAGGAUGAGGAGGAUCGCAUUACAGCGGAAGCCUUGAUAGGAGCCACGGUGGGACGACAGCGGGCCGAAGCAGAGGCGGCCGCGAAAGCCCAGCGGCAGGCUGAAAUGGAAGCCAUGAAGGAGCGCCGACGUGCCCAGCAUGAGCGGAAGCAAAAAGAGGUCGCAGAACAAGAAGAAAUCCGCCGCGCCAUGAUGAAUGAAGGCCUCGACUUGCUGGAGCCUGAUGAGGCUGAGAAGGCGACCAAUUUGGACACGUUGGUUGGCACGCCGCUGGCGGGAGAUGAAAUCAUCGAAGUCAUUCCCGUCUGUGCGCCGUGGAACGCCCUAGUUCGGUUCAAGUACAAGGUCAAGAUGCAACCGGGCUCUGUGAAGAAGGGCAAGGCGGUCAAGGAAGUGCUGGAGCGUCUCAAGACCGACUCUGCUAGGAAAGGCGUCAUUGACGAGGCGGCACGAGACAAGGAGAAGAUGUGGCCGAGGGAGAUUGAGCUCAUCAAGGCCCUUAAGCCGGAGGAGAUUGUCAACACCAUACCGGUCAGCAAGGUGAGAGUCAUGUUGGCUGGCGCGAGUGGAGGGGAGAAGGGGUCUUCUGGUGGUGGCAAGGGCAAAGGUGGAGGUAAAAGCCAAGGAAAGGGAGGAAGAGGAGGCAAGGGCUCAAAGAAAUAGCCUGUGUAUAUCUCGAAUAGAGGCAUGGAUUUGACAACCGUAUAGAUUUGUACCAAUAUAAAACAAGCAUAUAUAUGUUUUGGAUACUUGGGUAAUAGAUUUAUUGCAUCCUCC